AUGCUGUAUGGACUCGGAGGGGGAGAAGCAGCCUACAAGGACGCCCUUAGCAAAUUGAAAGCUACGUGUGGAAGCCGUCCAAUGAUGCGGGCCGCCCAUUUGCAGGCCAUUGAGAGAGUGGAGGCACCGAAAGGAGACCCGACUUCAUUCCGUCGAUAUGCUGAGAAGGUGCGGACCCAUUUGUUCAAUCUCAGUUGCAUUGGGGAGACUGGACACGCAGAUAUCAUCGAACGAUUAGCCCAGAAGCUUCCUGUGUAUGAUCGACUGUCAUGGAAUGAUGGAAGGCGAGGUGGACUGGAGAACCGGACCAUGAAUACGUUCGGAAUGUGGCUCUGUGCCCGAGCUUCAUCGUAUCAAAAUGCCUAUUCCGUUGCAGCGGACCAAAAUCAACGAACGAGUGGUCCCGGAAAACCUGGGCAUCAACAUCCGCAGCAACCCGCGCAACAUUUCACGAGGCGGAAUGCCCGAACGCACCAUGGGGCCAGCACCCUGCGUGAUGUGGCUUGUCGAGAUGCAAAAUCGCACCAUGCUGUAAGAAGUGACGCGUCUUUAAUUGCUUUCGGUGUGAUUCAGCUUGAAGCCUUAUCGGCGAGCGGAGAAGUAGUUCCAGUGACAGUGAUGGUCGAUCCCGGCAGCAAUUCUACACUUUUCCGAGAAGGACUUGCUCGUUCUUUGAAGUUACGCGGACGGAGCCAAACUCUCCGGAUUGAUGGAGUAGCAGGUGCAAUCUCAACACUACAGUCAGAGCAUUUGGAGAUAAGAAUAAAGACGGCGUUUGGAGAAUUCGUCACGCUCAAAGGCUCCACACUACCUGUGGUCACCCGUCCGGUGCCAUUCUUCAAGUGGGAGUCGUUGCGUGAACGUUGGCGUCAUCUGGAUGAUUUACCUGAGCUCCGACCGGCAGGUGGAAGAAUUGAUGUAUUAAUUGGACUGGAUCAUUCAACCCUGAUCACCCCAACCGAAUCAAGAAUGGGAAGUGAAGUCGAACCAGUUGCCGAGAAGACGCGACUAGGAUGGAUCGUGAAAGAUGUCAUUAAUGAAAGCGGUGGCCGAGCGCGAGUUCAUCAAGCACUAGCGUCGACGGAUAUUGGUGUGCAGUUGCUAGACCAAAUGCGUCGCUUCUGCGACACCGAGUCGUUUGGAACUGAGCAUCAUGCAGAGUGUAUUUCUCCAGCGAACAAAGAAGCAAUUGAGCUGAUGGAGCGGUACACCAUCAAGUUGCCAGUUGGAUACGAGGUGCCAGUUCUAUGGAAGGGUGGAGUUCCACCAUUGUUGCCUGACAACCGUUCAUUGGCUGAGGCCCGCCUUCAAGGCACAAAGAAUUUUGAUGAAGGAUACGCCCGGCGUUUAACACCAGAAGAAGCAGCUGCCCAGCCGGCGUAUUACUUGCCACAUUUCGGGGUACCUAAAAGCCCUGGAAGUUCCGAAUUACGACUGGUGUACGAUUCGGCCACGAAGUAUCAGGGAAGCUGCCUUAACGAUUAUAUCACCAGCAGGCCAGCGUUGCAGAAUCCAUUGCCGGCGGUGAUAAUCCGGUUCCGAGAAGGUGCAGUUGCCUGGUCGGCAGACGUGGGCGCGAUGUACAGCCGGAUCAGGUUAAAUGCGGCGGACCGCCUCUAUCAUCGCUUCAUGUGGCCGGAAGAGGACGGUUCCAUCACCACCUGUGAGAUGACGCGGGUGAUGUUUGGUGUCUCUUGUUCUCCCUUUGUAUCAAUCCGGACCAUGUGGCGAGUGGCAGAAGAUUCCGGACCGGAACUGAAAGGAGCAACCGAAGCAAUCCAAAACUGUUUUUAUGUUGAUGACUAUUUGGGUUCAGUGCGCAGCACAGAGGAAGCUUUCACCGUAACCACCACGGUAUCAAGAGCAUUGGCCUGCGGGGAUUUUCAUCUAGGAGGUUGGGCUUCCAAUGACCCAGCCGUGUUAGAUGCCAUCCAGCCAGCUUGUAGAGUGAAGGAGAAGAUGGACGGAGGCGCUCAGGACCUUGGCGCAGAUGAAUUGGAAACUGUGUUGGGGAUUACCUGGCGCCCUUCCUCCGACCUGCUCGGUUUUCGUGUUAAAGAAAAGGAGGUGAUCUUCACACGCGUGGGAUUGGCGUCGAUGGUUGCUGGACAAUUCGACCCCCAAGGAACGGCCGCUCCGAUGACAAUCAAGGGUAAAAUUCGUCUUCGUGAGCUGGGCGUCCGCGGACUAGACUGGACAGAAUCAGUCAAUGAAAAGGACCGCGAAUGGUGGGCGCAAUAUUUCCAGACCAUUCAACAACUCAAAGACGUUGAGUUCCCGCGCUGUCUGUUUGAAGAGGAAGAAGACAUCGUCCGUUCAGAGCUGCACACGUUCGCCGAUGCCUCGGAGGAAGCAUGUGCUGCCGUUUGUUAUCUCCGCAACUGCUACAAGGAUGGCCGAGUGAUUGUGCGCCAUGUCAAAGCGGCGACAAAAUUGGCCCCUCUGAAGACUGUGUCUGUGUGUAAAUUGGAAUUAACGGCGGCGCUUUUAGGCGUCCGACUCACGCGUUUUGUGAAACAGGCGUUGACUAGAAAAAUGGACGCUCAUUUUUAUUGGACAGAUAGUAGUACCGUCAGAAAUUGGGUGCGUGCCACUUCUGCCCAGUAUCAAGUGUAUGUGAGCCACCGUAUUGGUGAAAUACAAACUCUAACUCAGUUAGAGUUAGACUCUAACUCAUCAUCAAGAAGAAUCCGGAGUAGAACAAGAAAUGCAAGAAAUGGAAGAUCAGGCAAUAGAAGAAUUUUUGAAGAUUACAACUAUACUGGAUAA